CUGAGGUGGCAUAUCCCCGUACUCUAUUCCACCUUGUCUCAACCUUCUUCUCCGCCCGCAGUUUUCGUAUUGAAGAACCCAAUAUUCUAUCUCUUUCUCUGCAAUCUAUAUCGUAUUUUGACUCGCUUAUACACAUUUUUUUCUCUUUUCUUCUUUGAUUCAAUGCGCAUAUGUGUAUAAAUUUUAGCAAUGUUUGCAUUUUUCUUUGAUCUAUAUUUUGUUAUUGAUAUCCAUGAGAUCUGAAUCGAUUUAUACUCUUCAAAAUUUGGACCUAAGAUUUCAUUUCUUAUUCGACCAACAAAUAUUUUCCUUUUUUCCUCACAUAAAUUGAAAUUCUUGGGGGAAACUUUUGUAAAUUUAAUCUCCUUCGAGCCGAUACUGUUCUAUACUGACUUGGAUUGAUUUUGAAUUGAUUGAGAAAUCAAAUUUUUCAUUGGUUUUUUGGGUUGCCUUGCAAAAUAAAGUUGUGGGUUGUAUUAGAAAAUGGUGACUGUUAAUCUUGGAACCCUUUUCUAUGUUUUGGAUCAUGUAUAUGGUGCAUUAUUGCAUAGAACGAAAAUAAGUCCACCAUUUUUUUCAAGAGGGUGGGGUGGCACAAAACUUGAGCUUUUGGAGAAAAUGAUAAAGCAAUUGUUCCCUGAUGUAGGACAGAAUUGGCCUCCUACAUUGGUGCAACCAAUUUGGAAAACAAUUUGGGAAUCCAAAACUGCUGUUCUUAGAGAAGGGGUAUUUAGGACACCAUGUGAUGAGCAACUUCUUAAUGCAUUGCCUCCUGAAAGUCACAAUGCCAGGGUUGCUUUUCUUGCUCCAAAGUUCUUGCCUCCACAAAAGAUGGCCUGUGUGCUUCACCUUGCAGGCACUGGAGACCAUACAUUUGAACGGAGAUUACGUCUUGGUGGACCAUUGUUAAAGGAAAACAUAGCAACCAUGGUGCUCGAGAGCCCUUUCUAUGGAAGAAGACGUCCAAUGCUGCAACGUGGUGCAAAACUUUUGUGUGUUAGCGACUUACUCUUAUUAGGAAGAGUCACCAUCGAAGAGGCCCGUAGUCUUCUAUAUUGGUUAGACUCAGAAGCAGGGUUCGGCAAAAUGGGUGUGUGUGGACUUAGCAUGGGAGGAGUGCAUGCAGCUAUGGUUGGAUCCUUGCACCCUACACCUAUUGCUACACUUCCAUUUCUCUCUCCACACUCUGCUGUUGUAGCUUUCUGUGAAGGGAUUCUAAAGCAUGCCACUGCAUGGGAGGCACUGAGAGACGAACUUGCUGCUCAGAAGGCUGUAACAACAAUUGAGGAGGUUAGGGAGCGGAUGCGAAAUGUGUUGUCUCUUACAGAUGUUACACAGUUCCCAAUUCCCAAAAAUCCCGAUGCUGUUAUAUUUGUUGCUGCUACUGAUGAUGGCUACAUCCCAAAGCACUCGGUAGUCGAGCUUCAAAAGGCUUGGCCAGGUUCGGAAGUGAGAUGGGUUACUGGUGGCCAUGUAUCGUCUUUCCUUCUUCAUAAUGAUGAGUUCCGCAGGGCAAUUGUGGAUGCACUCGACAGACUACAAUGGAAAGAAUCUCCUUUGUGACACUACUAUAGCUUGUGAAGAAAGUGACCAAAUAAUUGAUUCUGUAAGUCUUUCUUCAUCUCUAAUUCUUACUUGUAUACUUGAUUAUAAUGUAUCUGUGAUGAACAGAAGUGGUGCUGUAACAUCUACUCUCUAAUUGAAAAUUCUUGGCAAUCUCAAUAGAGUUGUGUAUUCAUUUUUAUAGUA